AGCUGAAGGUGGACCGCUGCGCUGCGCCGCGCCGCUGCGCCUAUAAAGCCGCUGCAGGAACCUCCAGGCUGGAGCCGCAGCAGGAGAACCAGAGGAUCUGAGGAGGAUCUGAGGAGGAUCUGAGGAGGAUCUGAGGAGGAUCUGGGUCUGCGGAGGAAACGCGUGUUGGAGCUCCAGUCUGACUGCGGACACAAAGCCGCUCCGAACCGCCGCCGGACUCCGUCUCUCCGCGCUGCCGCAGGUGGAUGCUGGGAAGUGGACCCGCUCGGAGGAGAUGUUCCCCCUGGCCCAGUUCGGGGCCCUGUCGGCCCUGGCCACCGCGCUCACCUCGGUGCUGUCGGCGCUGCUGCUGCUGGUUCUGACCCGGCAGCUGUGGAGCCUCCGCUGGAGCCUGACCCAGGACCCGGACAGCAGCCUGCCGCUGCCGCGGGGCUCCAUGGGCUGGCCGCUGGUCGGAGAGACCUUCCACUGGCUCUUCCAGGGCUCCAACUUCCACAUCUCUCGGCGGGAACGCCAUGGCAACGUGUUUAAGACCCACCUGCUGGGGAAGCCCCUCAUCCGGGUGACGGGUGCCGAAAACAUCCGCAAGAUCCUGCUGGGGGAGCACAACCUGGUGUGCACCCAGUGGCCCCAGAGCACGCGCAUCAUCCUGGGGCCAAACACACUCGUCAACUCUGUGGGAGACAUCCACCGGAGGAAGAGGAAGAUCCUGGCCAAGGUGUUCAGCCGGGGGGCGCUGGAGUCCUACCUGCCGCGUCUGCAGGACGUCAUCAAGGCGGAGAUCGCCAAGUGGGUCUCUGAGCCGGGGUCCAUCGACGUGUACGGCGCGGCCAAGUCGCUGACGUUCCGCAUCGCCGUGCGGGUUCUGCUGGGCCUGCAGAUGGAGGAGGAGCGGAUCGUCUACCUGGCCAAGACCUUCGAGCAGCUCAUGAACAACCUGUUCUCGCUCCCCAUCGACACGCCGUUCAGCGGCCUGCGCAAGGGCAUCAAGGCCAGAGAAAUCCUUCACGCCAACAUGGCGAAAAUCAUCGAGGAGAAGAUGGAGCGGCAGCAGCUGGACGACGACUACCAGGACGCCUUCGACCUCAUGCUGUCCGGUGCCAAGGAGCAAGGCCAGGAGCUCAGCAUCCAGGAGCUCAAGGAAACGGCCGUGGAGCUGAUCUUCGCUGCCCACUCCACCACAGCCAGCGCCUCCACCUCCCUGGUUCUGCAGCUGCUGCGCCACCCGGCCGUGGUGGACAAGGCCAGAGAGGAGCUGGAGGCCGAGGGUCUGGGAUUUCAGCCGGAGCGGAGCUGUGACCCGGCCGGCGGCGAGGUGGAGAACGAGCCGGAGGCCGCAGAGACGGAGACGACCCGCCUGCUGAGCGGUCGGCCGGACGGCGGCUCUCCUCGGCCUCAUGUCCCGUACCUGAGUCUGGAGAAGCUCAGCCAGCUCCGCUACAUCGACUGUGUGGUGAAGGAGGUGCUCCGCUUCCUGCCGCCGGUCUCCGGGGGAUACCGGACCGCCCUGCAGACCUUCGAACUAGACGGUUACCAGAUCCCUAAAGGCUGGAGUGUGAUGUACAGCAUCCGGGACACCCAUGAGACGGCGGCGGUCUUCCAGAGUCCGGAGCAGUUCGAUCCGGAGCGGUUCGGCCCAGAGCGGGACGAGUGGCGCUCGUCUCGGUUCAGCUACGUUCCGUUCGGCGGCGGCGUGCGCAGCUGCGUCGGGAAGGAGCUGGCGCACAUCAUCCUGAAGACUCUGGCCGUGGAGCUGAUCGGGACGUGCAAAUGGACCCUUGCUUCAGAGGAGUUCCCCAAAAUGCAAACGGUACCGAUCGUGCACCCGGUGAACGGGUUGCACGUACGAUUCUCCUACAGCAACCCGCUGUAGACGCAACAGAACUGAGACUUUACACUACAAACUGAGCAAAGGAUCAGAACCUCACCAGCCAGGCCAUCCUGCAGCACUUCAGCAUCAUCAUCAUCUCUAAAUGCAUCUUAAUUUAUUUAUGUCGCCUUUAUCCGGCAGACGUCGCUUCGUUGGACUGAAAGCACAUAAGCUAAGGUUUCUGUUCAGAGCUGUACAGAAACGAACAGAUCUCUCCGUCUUGUUCCCUUUCUACUGUCUGUAAAUGAGAUUUAAGUUAUUUCAUAUCAAAAAAAGCCAUCAGAGCAGAAGUUCUGCUGCUUCUCUAACUUCUACAUCACUGUGAACCAGGUCAUCUGAACCUUCAGAGUAUUUAACCUCAGACUUUAGCUCGGUUCUGGUUUUGGGUGAGUUUUCUUCUUCUGCUUCAUCUGGUUCGAUGUGCAGGUGUUGGAUCUGGAGGAUCAGAUCUGAACAGGAGUCAGUUCUCAUCAGAGCCUGAAAGGUUCAGAAAAACUGCAGUUUUUAGAGACAUUCUCCAGAUUCAGGAGGCGCUUCAGCUCUGGAAGCUGCUGCUGGAGUCAGAAACGAAACUUCAGAAAACGUGUACAUUCAAAAUGUUCUCUUCUUUUUUAUAUGGAUGUUUCAUAGAUCUGUUUCUGUGUGUGCUUUAAAUGAAGUAGUGUUCUGAAUAAGCUGUAUUUAAACGCAGAUGGGCCUCAUCUGCUGUAGAGACACUAACCUGUAAUGUAAGCCUGUUUUCUCCUUUAGGAUCUUUGUACUUAGUCUGUUGGUUCUGAUGUUGUUAUCGUUGGAGGACCGUUAGCAUGCUAGCGGCGCUGUGAAAUGUUAGCUACAGAUAGGUUUAUGGAAGAAGAUAGCACUUUCUCCACUUUAAGGAGUCUGUAUAUACUGUUGUCCUGGUUGUUCACUGAGGCUAUCAGAUUUAAAUUAGAAGAUACCAAACAAAGUUCUGGGAGUUUUUAUUUAUCUUGA